CAGACCCUGCAGGCAGACAUACGCUUACUGGACUGAUAUAGCACUCCCUGGCAGAGAUCAGCCAAAAAGAAAAAGACACAAAGAUGAAGGUGUUCCUGGUACUUGCUAUUGCUGUAUUCACAGGUUGCCAUGCCAACCUUUUCUACGCUGAUGAGCCAAAACCACAGCUGGAACAGCUGACUGAUGCAUUCUGGGAUUACGUCGGUCAGGCAACACGCACUGCUGAGGAUACACUGAAGAUGAUAAGGGAAUCUCAGCUGGGACAGGAAAUGAAUGCCAGAAUCACAGAGGGAACUGAUAUGGUCAACCAGUAUGCUGUCACACUUCAAAAGCAGGUGCCACCUAUGGCUCAGGAACUCUUGGACAAAAUCACCAAGGAGGCUGAGUCACUGAGGGAGCGCUUGGAUCAGGAUCUGGCCAGCGUGAAGGGUAAACUGGAGCCUUAUGCCGAGGACCUGAAAACACAACUCCAGCAAAGGGUGGAGGAGCUCAGAGCUGCUGUGGCCCCCUAUGCUGAAUCCCUCGACUCAGAAACCCUGAAGGCCAACCUGCUCCAGAAGAGCGAGGAGCUCAGGGGGAACCUGGAGAAGAGUGUGAAAGACCUGCAGUCCCAGCUCGGUCCCUACACAGAAGAACUCAAGCAGACAGUGGACCAGCGUCUGAAGGACUUCCAGGAGAAGAUGGCUCCCCUGGCUGAGGAUCUCCAGUCACAGCUGACACAGAGGGCUCAGAUGGUACAGCAGAGCUUGGCACCAUAUGCUGAGGAUCUGAGGGAAAAGCUUGACCCCUACGCCCAGGAUCUGAAGGAACGACUCACCACCCUCUACGAGUCCUUCACCAAGACCAGCUAAAUGAUCUCAAUGCUUCAUAAAAAUGACUGUUUGCUCACUAAAUAACAAUGUGACAAGCUGUCACAUCUCUCACACACUACCAAACACUCACCGUAUUCAAAUGUUAAUGGCAAUAACCAAGUAACAAAUCAGAAAUUAGCUCUGUGGAAUUUGAUAUGUCUGUCAGUGGAAGUAUUUAUGUGAGAUGGGUUAAAAUGAGAAGCUGCUCAUCUUUAAGAAUGAAUUUAGCUCUGAAAUGUGUUUAUGUAGUCAUUUUUAUCACGUACUGCAAGAUGUGUUUUUAACAAACUACUAACUUAUGAAAAAUAAAUAAAUCUUUUAUUAUACAAAA